AACACUUUAAAUUUCUCGAUAUAAAGUGAGUGAAAUGUAUGUCUCAUUGCGCAAUGUCGACCAUUAACAGCUGCCUCGUCUCUCAACUCAUCACCCCCACCUCCGCCCACUCUAGAGUUGCACUCCGCCCCGUCGCCUCCGCCAGGCUCAACAACUCCACCCCGACUCCGCCCUCUCUCAUCCGCAACGAGCCCGUGUUCGCUGCUCCUGCCCCCAUCAUCCACCCCCUUUUGAGAGAGGACAUGGGAAAGGACUCGUACGAGGAAGCCAUUGCUGCCCUCCAGAAGCUUCUGAGUGAGAAAGGAGAACUGGGGCCUGUGGCUGCAGCAAAAAUUGGUGAAAUCACAGCUGAGUUGCAAACAGCUGAUGGCAGCGCCACACUCAAUUCAGAGUCUGUUGAGAAGUUGAAGAACGGAUUCAUCCACUUCAAAAGAGAGAAAUAUGAGAAACAGCCAGGUUUGUACACUGAGCUUGCAAGAGGCCAGAGCCCCACGUAUAUGGUGUUUGCUUGCUCUGACUCGCGUGUGUGCCCGUCACAUGUGCUUAAUUUACACCCAGGGGAGGCAUUCAUGGUCCGAAACAUUGCUAACAUGGUUCCUGCAUACGACAAGACCAAGUACUCUGGAGUUGGAGCUGCCAUUGAGUAUGCUGUUCUGCACCUCAAGGUGAAGGAAAUUGUGGUGAUUGGGCACAGUGCCUGUGGAGGAAUCAAGGGGCUCAUGUCCUUCCCAUUUGAGGGACCCUCCUCUACUGACUUUAUUGAGGACUGGGUGAAAAUCUGUUUACCUGCCAAGGCCAAAGUGUUGGCUGAUCAUGCAGACAAACCUUUUGGCGACCAAUGCGCACAAUGUGAAAAGGAGGCAGUGAACGUUUCACUUGGAAACCUGCUGUCGUAUCCGUUUGUGAGAGAAGGGCUGGUGAACAAGACCCUUGCAUUGAAGGGAGGUUACUAUGAUUUUGUGAAGGGAAGUUUCGAGCUGUGGGGGCUCGAAUUCGGGCUUUCGCCAUCACUCUCUGUAAAAGAUGUGGCCACAAUACUGCACUGGAAGCUCAUGUAGGGACAUGGUUAAGAGGACAUUUCCGCAGAGAUAUGGGAUUCUCUGUAUUCAUAAUUAUCUCACAAACAAUAAAACCUACUUGUUUUCUGUAGAAAA